AUGUCGUUCUGUCUAGCGACCUUGGUUGAACUCCAAGGCAACUCUGGAUAUGUCACUUCAGAACUACCAACCACGCAAUUCGGAGGACACAACAGUCAACUUAACGUCAUUUUCAAAUACUUCCCUCAUGAUGGUCGAAACAAUCUUGUGGAAAAUGUUUCUCGGUGCCGAGGCGACGGUGCUAUCCGACAGCGAGCUGAUAGCCUGGGUAGCGGUAUACUACGCCCGGUAGGGCAAGAAUUUAGGCCUUUUCACUUCGUGUUCGAGGCAACUCCAACCCCGUACCGUUAUCGACUCAAAAUCUUCCCGUCCUUCACUAAAAUCCUUAAUGUUCACCUACCGCACGACAACAUCGUCACGAUGUAUAGUGACUACAAGCAAUUCGGCCCUCCAAACCCAACAUUCCUUGCAGUCCAUGCUGCAAUCGGGAACAUUCUGCAUCUCACCGGCCGCGGUGAAACCAUUGAAAAGCUGAUGCGCGACUUGGGCGAUAAUAGUGCCUUACUAACCCACCAUGGGACCACUGUGCUCUUCUGUCGGUUAGCAAGCUUUCGCGUUUUACCACUAGUCGAAAUGCAAAAUGACGAAGAUCCUCUCGUCAAGCCUAGAGCCACAGCCGGCUCCCAAAGCCACGAUGCCCGGCAAUGA